AUGGCAGCACUAGUACAGCAACUGGCAAGUCUAGCUCAAACAUGCUUUGAUGAAAAACAAGACACAGUUUCUGAAGAACCUUUCAAAAAUGUUUUAUCAGCAAUGAACACAAUCCAAGCGAAACACCUGAACUUUGACCCAAGUACAGUGAAGGUAAAUGACAGUGCAGGAGGGGCACCAGUAACAUUCAUUCAUGUAUAUAAAAAUGACAUUUUUUCAAUGAGGAUAUUUGUGAUCAAACCAUCUGGUAGAAUCCCUCUGCAUGACCACCCAGGGAUGUUUGGUCUGUGUAAAGUCAUUCACGGUUCAGUUCACUUGAGGAGUUUCAGUGAAGUGGAGGAACAGGGCAUUCAAGAUACAUGUUUUCAGUCGAGAGAAAACCACAGUGUGUUGAAAUCUGUACGUCUGCAUCAAGACAUGAUUGUGACCAGUAGCGAUGACUGUUGUUUCCUCACCCCUAGGGAAGGGAACUUUCAUGAGAUUCUGCCAGUACAAGGGAUGGCAGCGUUUCUGGAUGUCCUGGCUCCGCCUUACAACCCAGGCCGGGACUGUCACUACUAUGACGAGCUAGGUAAUGAUGUAUCAGCUUCAGAUGCUGCUGAUGAGAGUGUUCGAUGGCUCAGACAGGUACCCACAGCAUCAGAUUACUGGUGUGACAGACUGGUUUACAAGGGACCUUCCAUUGAAUGUUAA